GCGGAGCGGUCCGGACCAUGACGGACAGGAGGCCGUCCGGGAAGGCGGCGGAGGCGGAGGCGGAGGCGGUGCCCGCCUUCUUCGAGAAGCUGGGGUCGGGCAGCCCCAAGCCGCGGCAGAAAUUCUGCGGCAUGUUCUGCCCGGUGGAGGGCUCCGCCGACAACAAGACCAUCGACUUCGCCUCGCUGUCGGGCGGGCGCGGGCCGGGCCCCGUGGUCAGCCAGCAGCGGGACGUGGCCCACCUCGGCUCGGCCUCCUCGGGCUCCCCGGGCUCGGCCUCGGGCUCCCCGGCCUCCCCGGCCUCCCCGGGCUCGCAGGCGGCCCGGCCCGGCAGGAAGGCGGACGGCCGCCGGGCCUCGGCCAAGGAGGCGCCGCACCACCUCCCGCAACAGAGCGAUCGUCUUUUGAUCAAGGGUGGUAAAAUAGUUAACGAUGACCAGUCUUUCUAUGCAGACAUUUACAUGGAAGAUGGGUUGAUAAAGCAAAUAGGAGAAAAUCUCAUUGUGCCGGGGGGCGUGAAAACGAUCGAAGCCCAUGCCAGGAUGGUGGUCCCAGGCGGCAUCGACGUCCACACCCGUUUUCAGAUGCCUGACCAAGGGAUGAUCGCAGCCGAUGACUUCUUCCAAGGGACCAAGGCUGCCCUGGCUGGGGGCACCACCAUGAUAAUUGACCAUGUGGUUCCGGAGCCGGGGACCAGCCUGCUCGCGGCCUUCGACCAGUGGCGAGAGUGGGCGGAUGGCAAGUCGUGCUGUGACUACUCCCUGCACGUGGACAUCACCGAGUGGCAUAAGGGCGUCCAGGAGGAGAUGGAAACCCUGGUGAAAGAUCAUGGUGUAAAUUCCUUCCUGGUGUACAUGGCCUUCAAAGACCACUUCCAGCUAACGGAUUCUCAGAUCUACGAGGUCCUGAGUGUGAUCCGUGACAUCGGUGCCCUGGCCCAGGUCCACGCUGAGAAUGGAGACAUCAUCGCCGAGGAACAGCAGAGGAUCCUGGAGCUAGGGAUCACCGGCCCCGAAGGACACGUCCUGAGCAGACCCGAAGAGGUGGAGGCUGAAGCCGUGAACCGGGCAAUUACGAUUGCCAAUCAGACCAACUGCCCACUGUACAUCACCAAAGUCAUGAGCAAAAGCGCUGCUGAAGUCAUUGCCCAGGCCAGGAAAAAGGGCACCGUGGUGUACGGAGAACCAAUUACGGCCAGCUUGGGGACCGAUGGCUCUCACUACUGGAGCAAGAACUGGGCCAAGGCGGCUGCCUUCGUCACGUCUCCCCCUCUGAGCCCGGACCCGACCACCCCGGACUUCCUCAACUCUCUACUUUCCUGUGGAGACCUCCAGGUGACCGGCAGUGCCCACUGCACCUUCAAUACGGCCCAGAAAGCUGUAGGGAAGGACAACUUUACCCUGAUUCCUGAGGGAACCAAUGGAACGGAAGAGAGGAUGUCAGUCAUCUGGGAUAAGGCAGUGGUGACCGGGAAGAUGGAUGAGAACCAGUUUGUGGCCGUGACGAGCACCAACGCCGCCAAGAUCUUCAACCUGUACCCCCGCAAGGGCCGUAUCGCCGUGGGCUCAGACGCCGACCUCGUCAUCUGGGAUCCCGACAGCAUCAAGACCAUCUCGGCCAAGACACAUAACAUAUCCCUGGAAUACAACAUAUUUGAGGGCAUGGAGUGUCGGGGGUCCCCGCUGGUGGUCAUCAGCCAGGGAAAGAUCGUGCUGGAGGAUGGCAGCCUGCACGUGACCGAAGGCAUGGGGCGCUACGUCCCCCGCAAGCCCUUCCCCGACUUCGUCUACAAGCGCAUCAAAGCCAGGAGCAGGCUGGCAGAACUGCGCGGUGUUCCCCGUGGGCUUUACGACGGGCCGGUGUGUGAGGUGUCCGUGACCCCCAAGACCGUCACUCCGGCCUCCUCCGCCAAGACGUCUCCAGCCAAACAGCAGGCCCCGCCUGUCCGGAACCUGCACCAGUCCGGCUUCAGCCUGUCCGGUGCCCAGAUCGAUGACAACAUCCCCCGCCGCACCACCCAGCGCAUCGUGGCCCCGCCUGGGGGCCGUGCCAACAUCACCAGCCUGGGCUAGAGCCCAGGCCCAGCCCGCCCGCUCAGCCGCCCACCCACCCACCCACGGGC